AUGGCAGAUGAUAGAGAGAAUUUUAUCCAUCUCUGCAACCCUCACCUGGAGAAAAUGAAAGAAGGCAUCCCAUACCAUUUUGCUCUUGGGACCAGUACCCAUGAUUUUCCGGCUUUGUUUGGAGAUGUAAAGUUUGUAUGUGUUGGAGGAAACCCUUCAUGGGUGAAAACUUUUAUUGCCUACGUAGCUGAAGAACUGGGGCUUGGGAGCCCUGGUAGUGACUAUCCUAACAUUGACCAUUACACAGUGUACGAAGUGAGGCCUGUUUUGUCAGUCUGUCAUGGUAUGGGCAUUCCUUCUAUUUCAAUCAUGUUGCAUGAGCUGAUCAAACUGUUGUAUCGUGCCAAGUGUUCCAACAUAACCAUUAUUCGCAUUUGCACCUGUGGUGGAAUAGGUCUGGAGCCAGGCUCAGUGGUCAUAACUCGGCAGUCUGGAGGUGCCACCUUCAAACCUCAAUUUGAACAGGUUGUUCUGGGAAAGACCGUAAUUCGCAAUACAGACCUAGAUGAACAGCUAGCUAAGGAACUGAUGCAGUGCAGGAAAGAAGUCCGUCAAUACAACACAGGAAUUGGAAACACGAGGUGCACUUUGGAUUGCAGCGGAGGUGAGGCCAGCAACAGCUUAACCAAAGUGUAUUGGUAA